AUGACGCAAGAGGGCGAAAGCCAAGAGGAAAUCCUCGAGCAGACCAGGCCAUUAGUACACCCCAAAUCUACAACGAAGAUCGGCAACUGGAACGUACGUACACUUUACCAAAAUGGCAAUGUAGCACAGGUUGCAAGAGAAAUGACAAGAAGAGAUACAGAUAUCAUGGGUAUUAGUGAAACUCAUUGCACCGGACAAAGGAAAAUCCAGAUAGCAGAAGGAGAGACAAUCAUCUACUCCGGAAGGGACGAUAACAUCCACAGAGAAGGUGUUGCCAUACUUAUGUCAAAGAAAGCAUCAAGUGCGCUGAUAGAUUGGACACCAGUAAACGAAAGGAUCAUCCUAGCAAGGUUUUUCUCAAAGCACAUCAAGCUGACGGUUGUGCAUAUAUACGCACCUACAGAAGAUGCAGAAGAUCAAGUGAAAGAUGAGUUUUAUGCAAGACUACAGGAGGUACUGGAAAGAAGAAACCGGCAUGACAUGUUGAUCAUCACUGGUGAUAUGAAUGCCAAAGUGGGAAGCGACAAAGAGCUCUACAAAAGAAUAAUGGGGAGACAUGGGCUCGGGGUGAGGAACGACAAUGGUGAAAGGCUGUGUGAAAUGUGCGACCUCAAAGAAUUAGUUAUUACAGGAACCUUAUCCCCACAAAACAUCGGGAGCGACCAUCUGCUUGUGUGCACAACCGUCAAACUGAGGUUAAGGAAGCAGUAUAAAGAGAAAAGGUGUGAGAGGGUAAAGUACGACAUAGAGAAGUUGAAGGAUGCGGAUACAGUGAGAAGGUUUAACAUUGCAGUAAGAAAUAGGUUUCAGGUAUUGGACGACGAGGAGUUUGAUAGAGAAGAGGACGAAGUAGAGAGAAAGUGCAGAGUAAUCCAGAAGACAUACACAGAGACAGCAGAAGAGAUAUUGGGUAGACCUAGGAAGAAGAAGAAAUCAUGGAUCAGUGGAGCCUCAUGGAAGCUAGCAGAUGAAAGAGGAGAAAUAAACAAGAAAAAAUUGUGUACACACUCAGAGAGGGUUAAAGGACAGUUAAAAGUGCAGUACAAGGUUAAAGACAGAGAAGUCAAAAGAAGUCUGAAAGCAGACAAGAAGAAAUGGAUAGACAACAUCGCGAGUGACUCUGAAGAGGCAGAAAGGAGUCCGCACAUGGAAACUUUGUAUAGUCUUACAAAGACACUCUGCAAUGAAAGACCUAGGAGUAGUACAGCGUUAUUGGACAAGAACGGCAACCUCAUUAGUAGCAAAGCAGAGGUGUUAUCAAGAUGGACAGAACACUUCCAGGAAAUCCUGAACAGAGAAGAACCACAGGAUCCCAUUACAGAAAAUGAUGAAGUAGAAUUAGAUGAUAUAUAUGAAGAAAUUUCAGUCGACAUGCCAUCAACAGAAGAAGUGCAGAGGGCUAUCAAGAAGUUGAGGAAUGGAAAGUCACCAGGAAUAGAUUCAAUCACGGCAGAGCUGAUAAAGGCAAAUACAAACUUUCCAAUUACAAACAUCCAUGAACUAAUGGAAGCAAUAUGGAGAGAAGAACAAAUUCCAGAAAGCUGGAAGAAAGGGCUCAUCAUCAAGUUACCAAAAAGGGAAACCUAA